AUGAGAGACUGGAUGGCUGUUACAAACCCAGGUCUGUCUUCACAAAGCAAAACUAUCUCUAAGUACAGCUCAGAAGCAAAGAUAUCACCAUCAAGUUUAUACUUACAGCAAGUGUCAUGUUCCUCAAUAGUUUUAUUUAAAAAUGUGCACAUUUUUGUUGGUGCCUUCUGCAUAAAUGAUAAUAUUUGACAGAGUAUAUAUCUUGAUCAAGAAUUGACUACGUUUGGCUUUCCACAAUUAUGUGAAGGAUCCAAAGAGAGAGAAUUAAAUAUAGCAGUUCUUUUAAAUUAUAUGAAUGAGCUACUACUACUUCAGUAGAAGAACCCUGUAGCUCAGGAAACACAGAACCUGAAACUGGGAGGUGACAUGGAUCAUCUACAGAACUGCUACAUGAAACUUAAGAAACUGGAAACCUCCAAGAGGGAAAUGAUUGAGCUUCAGGAAAGAGAGUUACAAUGCAAGAACAGGAAUUUGAAUCAGCUAUUGAAAAAUGAGAAGGAUGAGGUACAGAAAUUACAAAAUAUUAUUGUAAGUUGAGCUAUUCCGCAUUAUCAUGAUAUGAUAUGAAAAGAGUGUGAAUAUAACAAACUGAAGGAAAGUCUACAUCAACUUUUUAUGAACAAAAAAGAAUUAAAAAUAGCUUUAGACAUUUUAAAUAAUGUGGGGAGAGCUGAUGGAAAAAGAGGCCUCUGGAAAACUGGUAAGACAGAAGUCAGGAUAGAUGAAAUGUAUAAAAUUAUCUUGAAUGAUUAUGAGUAUUGUCACAAACAAUUCCUAAUGGAAAAUACUGAUAUGAAGAAGUUUCUUCAUCAGAUGGAAAAGGAUGUGUUUUUUCUUCUUUCUCCUCAAAAGAAAUCUAGAGAAAAAGAAGAUGGUAGUACAGGAACUGUCAUCUCAGAUGGUGAAGAUGCUGGGGAAAUGAGCAGAGAUAUCUGGGACCUUUCCUGUGAAACUAUGAGAGAACAGCCUACAAACAGCAUCAGAAAACAGUGGGGAAUUUUGAAAAGUCAUGGAGAAAAACUUGGUAGCCACGUUUCAAAGGUACACUUAGAAUUUAAUGAUGAAGAUUUAAUCUCAAAACAAGACUAUGAACAGCAAGCUGAAAAAAAAUUAGAAAUUCAGAAAUGUAAAGAAAUGAUUAAAACUUAGCAGCAACUUUUACAGCAGCACCUCACUACUGCUUGUGAUGAUGAUACCACUGCACUAUUAUGAGACUGUUAUUUGGAAGAAAAGGGAUGCCACAAACAAUGGCCCCUUUUUAAAGAGCAAAAAAAAAAUUUUCAGAGAGAAAGAUGAAGCUUUACAGAAGCUGCUAUUCAGCUAGGUUUGGAGAGAGAGGUGUUUGCAAAAAAAAAAAAAAAAAAAAAAAAAGCCAGUUGAUUAAAGCAACAGCUUUUAGAUAUGACUACUGUUGACCACCAGAACUCAGAAAACGUUAAACUUUUCAGUGUCUUCUGAGGAAGUUCUGAUUGGGACAAUCUUACAGCGCACUCCAGGCUGGAAAGGAAACCUCAGCGUGUGUGUAAUGCUCCAAUUUGCAUGUCUAAACUUACUGAAUGUCUUCUUGCUUCACCUUCUACUGAAGAUUAGAUGCAUUCCUGUGUAUCUGAACAUACUUCAAUAAAUGUACUGAAUAUAACUCCUGAAUAAACUGAACCAAAUCAUGUUGAAAGAGAAUCUACAAACCAGAAAUGAAGCAUGACAACAAGACAUGCAUCAUAGGAAGAUUACCAUAUUACAUGCUCCCUGACCUACACAAUUUCUCAUGGAGAAAAAGAUGACUUACCUUAG